UUGGUCUCGCGGGGACCAAGUUGCGAAUCAGGGCAUAUUUUGGGAGUCAAUGUCAAUCCUGCACCUGAAAGCCCGCAGUUUACUCCGUCCGCCCUUUACUCUGGUCAGACGAAUUAUUAAAAAUAUAAAUAGUCGCCAAGAUUUAUCACAUGAAGCAACAACAAAAUCGUAUACCUUCAAUCAAACAACAAAAUCGUACCAUGAGUCGAUCAGUUCGUGAAUAUCUAAAGAAACGAAAUAUUACUCUCAAUUUGAGUCGUAAUGUCUUUCUUGGAUUUCAGCUGAAGUCAUUGUUAAACAGGACCAGUUUUAUCCUAGUGGAGUUCCGUUUUGUUCGUUGCAAAAUUAUGAUGAAUGGAAAUGAGUGUUACACUUAUGAAUGGAUGGACAGUAAUUUGUGGAAAGAGUUAAUGGAAGGAACAAAAGAACUUCUUCAAAUUUACAAUAUGAUCAACAAAUUUUCUACAUUUGAACCUACUACAACAUCAACACCCAAUCUAAAGCUGGCAUGUAUUUUAAAAGAAAAUCUCAUCAAAACACACAUUUUUUUGGAGCCUAGCAGAAGCAACAAAGAUUGUUUUGAAUCUGUUUCAAAACUUAAAGGAAUGCUGGUUAUAAGUGUAACUUUGAACAAGCCUGGCACAGACUUGCAAGAAUUACACGACGUUUUAUCCUUAUACCACAAAGAAAGGCAGUUGAAAAUAAGCAGCUAUUUCGCAUAGAAAUGACUGGUUACGGAAUUGUGUGAUGGGUACAUUAAAAAUUGUAAAUACAGAGCUCAUGGUUUA